GGGGGUUGGAAAGAGGGGCAGAAGGAAGGAGGAGUGCGCCUAGGCAGCAGGCAGCGCGAAGCCCCGCCGGGAGGAGCCAACUGCAAACCGCGGAGAUGCAACCGCUCCCGCCGCAUCAGCGGCGCGGAGGAGGAGGAGAAGCAAGAGGAGGCACGGCAGAUCAAGGAGGAGAUGGAGGCUUCUACCUUAACCCCUGCAGGCAGCGGCCAGGACCCGGCCGGGAGCUCCCCGCCUCGGCCCAACGUCUCCAUUCACCCGAUGGAGAGAGAGGCUCCGGGCCAGGCAAUGCUUCAGAACUGAUGACCCGCGGCGACAGAGAUGCAGUCGGCGCUCCCCAGUGGCUCGGGGCGCCCCCGGCACCGGCCUGGAGCCCCGCUGGAGUCUCCGGCAGCAAGACCAUUGCUGCCGGGAAAGCGGGGACCGGGCCCCCGGCUACUGCAGCUUGCCCGGGGGCGCUGUCCACUGCUGAAGCCCCAGUGGCUCCUGGGGCCGAAGACUCGACACUCCCAGCCUGGAUGCGCCUCUACUUCUACGGGAUGCACGGCAUCACCUUGGACGUGCUCAUUUCCUCGGCUCGGGGUUUCCUCCACAGCCCCGACCUGAAGAUGCUGGGCUUCUCCACUCCCUAUCACUGUCUGCUUCACUCGCUCACCCAGUUCGCCCUGGAGAAGGUCUACCUGCAGAGGCGCCGCUGUCCCAGCACCUUCGCCUUUAAUUUCCUCUUGUACCCCUCGGCCCACUUGGGGCUGCAGACCUUGGUGGGCAAGGCGCUGCUGCUGAUAAGCCACGGGGGGCGGCAGUUGGGUGAAGCGGCGCCGGGAGCGCUGGAUCUAGCUCUCCAGUAUGUGCUGGCAGUCUAUUACUCCCAAGUGUUUCUCAAGAGGUUCCUGCGCUUGCGAUACCGCCGCCCGCAGCCGCAGCCACAGUGGCGCGGCCCCCCUCCUCUGUCCGACUCUCGGACAGCCGCGGCGCCCACCACCGGGCGGCCGCGGCCCCGGAGCGUCGGGGUGGUCGGAGGAGCUCCUAGCCAAGGGCUCCCUGACCUUCUCCGCUUUCUCUUCUUUGGGAUGCACGGUUUCCUAGAUGAGAUCUUUUUCACUUUCUUCUUUAACCUUCUGGAGCAGGAGGACGGGGCCAUCAACGGCCACACUUCCCUCUGGUCUUUUUUUAUGUAUGGCAGCUGCAGCUUCGUGGUGGAAAAGCUAUACUUCUACCUGCACUACAGCCGAGGCUGGGGGACCUGUAAGAGGAUUCCCAUCUACGUUCUCUUCAUCUACACGUGGGAAUUGUCUUGGGGACUGGGACUCCGCAUGUGUGGGGGCUGCUCGUGGGACUACUCUCACUACCCAUUGAAUUUCAUGGGACUCAUCACCCUGAUGUAUUUGCCGGGUUGGAUAUUUCUUAGCUUCUACCAGGACCUGCUGUCCAAUGUGCUGUGGCGUGUACAAUACAUACCAACUAAAUGAAACAGGAAAUAACAAGUGGAAGUCCCAGGACAUUUUUUAAAGGAAGUUUAAAGGGGGAAGAGUGUUUUUUAAUCUUUUACUUUUUAUACAUUUUACUAAAGUCUCUUUAAACAUGUUUUAUUUACAAUUUUGAUUUUCUGGGUGUUUUGAACCUACGGGUAAUAUAGUACCUUGAAAUAUGGCACUUUGGAGAUGAAUUCUAACUAGAAGUAUUUAAUUCUUCUUUUAAAACUUUUACUACACACACACACACACACACACACACACACACACACACAAAACCUUCCUACCUUAAAGACUGAAAGCUGUGGUUUGCACUUGUGUGUAUAUCAGUGACAGCUACUAACCUUUCCUAAGUGGGAAGUGCUUCAAUGAAAGACCAAUAACUUUCAAAAGAUUUAGUGAAGUUUUCUAAUUUUCCUUUACAUAUUAAUCCAGGCUGCUACUUUCCAUGUUACCAAUGCCUGCUGAAAUUCACUGACCUGUACACCUGAAAUUGCAGCUUGUAACUCUCAAAGUGCCUCUGUCUAGCAUUUAAGUGGAAGGAAACUGAUAAAUGUGGGAAUACAUCCUAAGAAUAGCAUCUAAAUGAGAGGUCUUUCCCAGCAGCUCAGACAGUUGACACUGUGUUAAGACAUUUGAUCUCCAUCUUGGAAAUGACUGCUUUCCAGUGUUGGUUAGCCUUAAACACCAAGUGUAUUAAAGUUGAUAAAAUCUUA